ACAUUUUCAGUUGUAGUUCGGCUGUAGUACACGAUUCGCGACGGCUGUUUAUUUCUUCAUGUAUACAAUAUCGUUAGAUUAAAAAAAUCGUGUGUAUGUCGACGAUCGUAAAAUUAAAUGUUUCAAUUUGAUGCAGAAGAAGAAAUCGAUUCUGCAGAGCAUGCAUUUUUUUCUCAUUCAGCAUCGUGCACAUUUCGAAUAAAAAAACUGAAAAACGCCUUCCAUGUAAAAUAUGAAGAUGUGACUGAGUAACGUGUUAUUAUUGUAAUAUUCGUAUCGGUUGUUUACAACAUUUAAACAGGCAUUCUUCAAGUAUUAUUGUUUCGGCGCUGUUUUUUUUAUAAAGUUGAUGCUCAGAUCGAAAAGCGUUUUAUUUAAAUUGAAAUACCUGUUUUCGUUCGUAGUAAAAAAUUUAGCUGCAGAGAAUAGCAAUACUCGUGCGAAGUACAUUUUCCAUAAAAAUUUUGUGAAAGUUGCGAGAAGAAUGUUGUUUAUUUUUGUGACUUAAACGAUCGAAAAAAAGUGGUUUGACGAUCGAAUUAAAAAUCAUAGGAAAGAGGUGAUUAUAUGUGCGACAAAUGGCGACAAACAAGAUCUAAUUGGAUUAAUUAUUUAAUUGUGAUGUGUUCGUGAGAGAUAUCCAACUAAAUGCGUUCAUUUAAUUGGAAUACAAUCCAGCCAUAUUCAAUCUAACAACUCUAAAUGGAAAGUUUUAUUAAAUUCAAAUUAAACAACACGUUCAAGACAAUCCCAUAGCAACACUUAUACAAACAGCUCCAGUUUUUGAAUCGGUUCGGUAUUUCUUAUUAAUUAACAGUUUGCAAGAGCUUCGGUUUUAAUAAGUGAAUUAAUUCAGAAUGUGAACCAACAACCAUAAUAAAGCAAAUGAAAAAAGUGAAAAUUUUAAUUGAAGAAAAUACACAUCACAUACAGCAAUAAUAAGAAAAAAUAAUAAUUUUUUUUAAACAAAGAUGCGUGAAGAAAUUGUUACAAGAUCUUGACAGAACGUGUUUGCGGCUGUUUUAUUUUUUUUCUUCUCAGUUUCGGAAUGAAGUUGCUUCAGAAGUGAAAUAAUAUGAAAAAUGUGAACCAAUAAACUUGCGGGAAUUGUUUCGGUGUUUACUUUUUUGUUGUUAUUUUUCGUUUUUCUAAAGUUUAUUGCUGCAAUUAUCUUAUACGAAAAGUUGAUUAAAUGUGGAUUAUCCAUAAUUGGGAUUUCGGUUAUCGAUGAUGAUUGUACUCAUCAUUUUAUGUCUACUUGGCACUGGUACACAAUUCACUGUUGCUGUGGACGAAUUAUCUUCGGAACAAAUUGUUACGGUUGCUAACGAGACGAAUCAUGCUGACAUCAGCCAUGUAUCCACAUCAACACCAUCUUCGUCACGGCGAUUGUCAACCACUGCCUAUCAACAAUCAUCUGCCGGCAGAAAUAAUAAACAACUUAUGUUGGUAUUGGCAGCACGUCGGGAAGCACUGAUGAAAGAUCGCAAUAGAUCGCACCACACACAAGAUUCUACAUCAUCAGCAUCAACAAUUACGUUCCAAACGGCGCAGUCACCGGUCGAAAAGCUCACACCACGCCGAGAAUGCGAAAGGAAUUGUACGAGCAAUUUUACAGCUAGAGGAUCGGCUGGUUGUAUGCGCAAGUGUGCGAUUUUGUUUAAAGCGGAAAACAGUACAACUGAAUCGAAUCGACGUAAUAUUGAAGCGUUGAACAGUCGUAUUCGGGUGGGUGAAAAGGAAUUCAAUACGAUCGCCGAAGAGUUACUGGAAACGGAGGAGUCUCAAGCGAGUGGACUGUAUCAAGAACAUCCUCGAAGUAGAUAUGCACCGAAUGUGCCAGAAACCAAAGAUAGCACGAAUAGCACAAAUAGUAGUAAGCGUAAUUAUAAGCCAAGUAACGUAAUUGAGAAUGAAGUGAGGCAAACAUCUACCGAAAAGGUGUACACAAAAUUCGUUCGAACAACAACUGAAGGUAGACAUAAGCGCACCAAUCCAACAUUAGCGAAACAUAGAACAGUGAGUAAUGAAAAUCUGUCCACGUCCGAGGAAAGUGAACUGUUGCCAUACUCCAUUUUUGGACAGAAAAUCGCGACUACGAAGCAAAAUGAGUCGAAAAAUUUGGUUACAACAUCACCCCGACGCUCGUCAAUCAUUGAUUCGUCAUCUCGGCCAGCUAGUAAACUGAGUGAUGAAGAAGUCAUGGAAUUUUCGGUAUCAAAAGUUCCGUCAUAUGAACGAAAGUUUCGAAAAUUCAAUCCAACGCAUCGGAAUAUUGUUGCAAUGAGUCGAAAAAUUCAGAAUGGACCGCAUAGUUCGGAUGCAGGCAUUGUGUCGACUGUUUCACGAAGUCGCAUUCCCGAAGGUCUUGUCGUGACUAAUAAUUCAGUCGAUCCAAAGUCGGAAGGUUCGUCCGUUGUGGAAAAUGUUAGUUUGCUGAAUUACACCAAGGAAGUUAAUCAAAACGACACUCUGGGUUCAACAAUUGAGCCAAUCGUUCAAAGUUCAACAACAACAACAACAACAUAUCCUAUAUCCAUAGGCAGUACCAAUAAAAUUCCUCUUUCCACUACUACCACGAGACCUAUAAGUACGACAAGACCUACAACAACACCAUCAACUACAUCAAGCUCCACAACUACAAUACGCUCCACAACUACAACACGCUCCACAACUACGACCUCCACAACUACAGCAGCUCCCACACUCACUCCUAGAACGACAUCUACAACUACACCAAAAACAUCAACCGAAUUCAUACGAAAUGUUCGUAGCUCAACCGAAAUUUCCGUUGUUGAGAAAAAUGACGAACCAAAUGACUCAGUGCAUCCGUGGGUAAUCUAUAUUCCAGACUCGGAACCCACUUCUACAUCUACGGAGACCGUUACAAGUCAUCGCAGCGUACCAGCGCAUAAAACUCCAACAACAACUGACAAAACGAUAGAGAAAACUUUACCCGCGACACCUGCAACAUCAUUAAAUUUGCCAGACAAUGUGAUCAAGCCGCGAAUCAAUUUUCAUCCAGAAGAAACUCCAAAUUUGAUUGUAUUUUUCAAGCCCAAUACGACAAGCGAUGAGUCGACAGCGAAACCCGACGAUAAAAACUUUUCCUCGAGUACGACCAAAAGUUUUACCCGAACCACAGUAUCAUCGUCAGUUCGGUCGACUGUUAAUCCAAUUGUGAAAAACCAGUCCACCGAGGAUUCAUUUUCUUCGAGUGAUCCGAUGGAUGUUGUCGCCAUUUCAUCUACAGAGUCAACGUCUUACAACGACGCCAACAUAUCGUCAAUCUAUCAAAAUCUGUCCGAUAUUUUCAAACCCACGAGAAAGCCGAAUUCAAUAAGCGACGGAGUGUUCCUCAAUAACAACAACGAUGUAACGAUUGAAAUGUAUCGCAUGAAUAUGGCAACGUAUGUGUUGGCUGCUUUGGGAAUGUUUCCUGUAUUACUGAUCGUCCUGUACAUCGCCAAAAUGAUCAUAUUCCGAAGGGACGAUAAGUCUAACUGUGAUUUGGAACGGUACAUCAUAUCCGAUAGUCAGAAGCAAAUUAGCCCGGUAGUGAAACUUGACCGGUCAGAUCACCAGAUUUACUCGGAUGGAUCCAUUAUGACUGAGCACAGUUUCAAUCGAAAUCUGUUGAAAUUUAAGAAUUUAUUGGGAGAAGGUAAUUUUGGUCAGGUCUGGAAAGCUGAAGCUGACGAUUUGGCUGGACACUUGGGAACAACCAGAAUUGUUGCGGUUAAGACUGAACGAUGCGUUAAUGGGGGAUUACGGGAGGAAGCAGCAAUUAUGAGAAAGCUGGGCUCUCAUUCCAACGUUGUGACUCUGCUGGGUGCUUGUGUUGAAAAAGAACCACAUCUUUUAAUUAUGGAAUUUGCAAUGAGAGGCCGACUGUUAUCACUUCUAAGAGCCGCUAAAACCGCAAUAAACAACUCUCACACGAUUGCAAUCGGAUCGAGAAAGUUCGCACCAUUGUCACCGCGACGACUAACUGGAUUCGCGCAUGACAUUGCCAGAGGAAUGGAGUACAUUUCAGAGAAAAAGAUUGUACAUCGUGAUCUCGCCACAAGAAAUGUUCUACUAGAUCACAAUGGCGUGUGCAAAAUAUGCGAUUUUGGAAUGUCCAUUGAUCUGGAGAAAACGAAAUCAACUCAAUCGAAUACACGAAAACUUGAUCUCCUUCGACAACAGAGCAGUCCCGAAUCGAAUCGCUUCCGAUUCGAUUUUCAUCGACGUUCAUUCGGUCACGAUCGAAAGGCCGACCAUUGUGUAAAACGACCUGCUCUACCUAUACGGUGGAUGGCACCGGAAGCGCUGCAGUAUCACAUCUUUUCCACGGAAACUGAUGUGUGGGCUUUUGGAAUUGUUUUAUGGGAAAUAGCGUCCGGAGGAUGCACACCAUAUCCAACUCUAUCUGGCCGUGAAGUGGUUCGCAAUAUUCCAAAUGGUACUCGUCCCGAAAUUCCGUCCGACUGUCGUCCCGAACUGUACGAAUUGAUGUCACGCACAUGGCGUAAAGAUCCACGGCAACGGCCUACAUUCAAAGACGCUCGCAACGAGCUCGCCCGGGCGUUGUGUCAGUGGGAAGUGGAUGACAACACUUCCGACUACUUGGACGUGAGCGGUUUUAGUGAAGAUAUCGAACACGGAAUGGUUUAUUUCAACCGACGAAUAUCGGAAUUUGAAUGUGAAAUUUGAUAUUGAAUGGAAAUGUUUGUUCGACAGACAGUAUUAUAUUCUUAAUCGUUUAGACUAUUACAAUUGAGUGCUCUUACAAUGUAAAUUAGAAUUUAGUGGAACAGAAUGACAAUUUCAUAUCCGUUUUUAGCAUAUAGUCUCUAUUUUGUACAUACAUACACUAAGGUUAGCAUUUUCUAUUAUUAAUUUGUCCUUUGAAUGACUUUCAUGGUUUUUUUUAGAAAUUUUCUAGUCUCUUCAAUUACUUAAAUUAAAUUAAAAAAAAAAAAAAGAUUAUUGGCAAAGUGUCAUCAACUAAAAAUUUUACGUAUGCACUUUUGAACGAAUCAAUUCGUUCGGAGAAAAUUACCGAGAUUUACAUUAUAAUUUAGUUGGAGUCUCGUUAAGUUUUUGUUGAAUUUUAUAUUCCUCUUUUUGUUCUUUUGCUGUGUAAAAACAUUGAAAGAAAUAAAAACUAUUUUCAAUUUAUCG